AUGAGGAUGGACCCUGAUGUUGUACCGUUGGCUUUAAAUCUGUUGGAUGAGGCGCAGCAAGAACUUUCGUUGCAAAGUAUUUCGGUUCGGGACAUUGCGGACUUGCUCAACGUGAGUGAAAGAACUGUCUUUCGUCGUAUUGCAGAGCAUGGCUUACAGAGGUCACACUGGGACCAAUCCAUAAGCAAUGACCAUCUAGAUGCCACAGUUCGAGAUAUCCUUCAAUACCAUCCUAAUACUGGGUACAAGAUGAUGACAGGGCAUCUGAGAGCACGAGGGAUACAUUUACAAAGAUGUCGGAUCCGAGACUCUAUGCAUCGAGUUGACCCACAGGGAAUCCAGGUGCGGAGUCUGCAACUGCGAACUGUAAGGCGCCGAAAAUACUCUGUGCCUGCUCCCAACAGUUUGUGGCACAUAGAUGGUAAUCACAAACUUAUAAGGUGGCGCAUUGUGGUUCACGGAGGUAUUGAUGGUUUCAGCCGUCUCAUUGUCUACCUCACAGCAGCAACUAACAACCGGGCUUCAACUGUUAUGAGGUCCUUCUUGGAAGCUGUUACUUCCUUUGGCGUACCAUCCCGUGUGAGGGCAGACAAGGGAAUGGAAAACAUUGAAGUGGCACGCUACAUGGUCACCCAGAGAGGAAUAAAUCGAAACUCCUUCAUUACAGGGAGAAGUACUCAUAAUCAAAGAAUUGAGAGGUUGUGGAGAGAUGUGUUUGGAGGUGUUCUCGACCUCUUUUAUACUUGUUUCUCCAAUCUUGAGGCUGAAGAACUGAAUCCAAUCAAUCACCGAAUCAGUUAUGGCUUCUUAACCCUCGAGAAGGCCAUGACCCACUGCAGACUGACAGUGAAUAUGGCAUUGACUGGGAAGGUCCCUAUGGCUACCACCCCGAAGGAAUUCAAAUACCUGACAUUCAGCUUCAAAGGGACCUGA